AUGUUCCGCCAUACCAGAGGCCAUCGCGGCCUCAUCCCUGCAGUGACAAAACGACUAAAGACUACUACAACAACACAGGGACCAGAGAGACAACCACUCCAAUCUAUCUUAAUCGCCAACAGAGGAGAAAUUGCUCUUCGAGUUGGAAAGACAGCUGCACAAUAUGGCAUCAGGACGACAACUCUCUAUACCGACCCAGAUGCACAUAGUCAACAUGCCUUGAGCUCUCCCUUUGCUGUCAAUCUCAGUGACCCUAGUCAAUAUCUCAAUGGCGACCGAAUCAUCCAGACCGCUCGCGAUCACGGAUGUCAAGCUAUCCAUCCUGGUUACGGUUUCCUCAGUGAAAACGCAGCCUUUGCUAAAAAGUGUACUGAAGCAGGACUCAAAUUCAUCGGACCUCCAUGGAAAGCUAUCGAGGCAAUGGGCGACAAAAGCCGUUCCAAGGAUAUCAUGACUUCGGCUGGCGUUCCUUGUAUUCCGGGCUACCAUGGCACAAAUCAAGACCCUAACUUCCUUAAAGACCAAGCAGCACAAAUCGGAUAUCCUGUCUUGCUGAAAGCUGUCAAAGGUGGAGGUGGUAAGGGUAUGCGUAUUUCUAGAUCUCCUGAUGACUUCUUGGAUCAACUCGCCUCUGCAAAAUCUGAAGCCAUGAGUUCCUUCAGUGACGAUGUCAUGCUGGUUGAGAAAUACAUCACCACACCACGCCAUAUCGAGGUCCAAGUCUUUGCAGACAAGCAUGGAAACUGUGUUGCCCUAGGCGAGAGAGAUUGCAGUAUCCAGAGAAGACAUCAAAAGAUUCUUGAAGAGUCACCAGCACCACAUCUAGACGAAGCGUUACGACAAGACCUCUGGGACAAGGCUCGAUCUGCUGCUCUUGCUGUAGCUUACGAAGGCGCUGGCACUGUUGAGUUCAUCUUCGAUAACGUUACAGGUGAAUUCUUCUUCAUGGAGAUGAACACUCGUCUACAAGUCGAGCAUCCAGUCACGGAGAUGGUAACUGGUGAAGAUCUUGUGCAUUGGCAGAUUAUUGUCGCAGAAGGAGGCAAGUUGCCUCUCACUCAAGAAGAAGUACACGAAAGAAUCAAGACUCGUGGUCACGCAAUCGAAGCCCGCAUCUAUGCCGAGAACCCUGACAUGAACUUCGUGCCGGACUCUGGCAAGCUGCUUCAUCUAAGAACGCCAGAAAUCACCGAAACCGUGCGGAUUGAUGCAGGAUUCGCUGUCGGAGAUGAAGUCACUUCACAUUAUGACCCAAUGAUCGCGAAACUGAUCAUCCAGGGUCCAGAUAGGCACGCAGCACUGCAGAAGAUGAAGACAGCCCUCGAAGAGUAUGAGAUUGCGGGACCAAUCACCAACAUCGAAUUCGUCAAGCGUAUGUGCGUCAGCCCAAAAUUCGUUGCCGGCGAAGUCGAGACCGGCUACAUUGAGAAGAACAAAGAGGAGUUGUUCCGCAGAGUCGAAAUUCUACAUGAAACCUGGACGCAAGCAGCCAUUGGAUUGUACAUUGGCGAGCAAGGGCUAAGCGGCAAUGACUCCAUCUUAUCUUCUCAGACCAUCGGCUUCAACACUGGACUAUCCGGCCCAAGAACUUUCGACCUGGUGGAAAUUCCAGCAGACGGCAACAGUAGUAGCGCAUCGUCUAUUACUGCGCACGUACAGCACAUAGGCCCGCACACUUUCUCCGUCUCAGUGGGAGACCAACAAGCCAUCCAAGUGACCAGCAAACUCGACCCCACCACCAACAUCCUUCAAUCCUUCUACCCCCACACCAGACUCGAAACAAGACUAAUCCGCGACCCUGACACCAACACUCUAAUCCUCUUCCAACAAGGCCGUCAAUACCGCCUUCAGCUUUCAGUACCCAAAUGGGCAGAAAAGGCCCUUGGACUCAAAGACGUUGCAAACAGCGUUUUGGCACCUAUGCCUUGCAAAGUGCUGCGUGUGGAGGUAGAAGAAGGUGCAUCUGUUAUGAAGAAUCAAGCUCUGGUCGUUAUUGAGAGUAUGAAGAUGGAGACGGUUAUUAGAGCUCCUCACGAUGGUGUUAUUGCCAAGGUUGUGCAUAAGGCCGGCGAUUUGUGUAAGGCUGGUACUGCUUUGGUGGAGUUUGCUGGGGAAGAGGGAGAUAAGGCGGCAUAA